AGUAGCGAGUUGCGAAGCAUUUACAAAUCAAUAUUUAUUUCUUCGCGUGGUCUAAGAUGAAAGUAAGCACGGUUUCAAUUGUCAUGGCAAUCCUUUGCACCCUGUCAUCUUCGCGGAGCGCAGAUAGCGACGAUACUAUUGCAAUUGCCGCCAACAAUUCUACUGCAAUUGCUGUCAAUUGCAGGCCCUUAGAUCCUGCAUGUUCAAAUGCACCGGGCAGUUCGAGUGGAAGUAAUGACAAAGACAAAGAAAGUACGUGGAGAGAUGCGUUAGAAAAAGCGCUAAGAGAUAAAUAUGAAAGGGAAAAAAGAGGGGAUCUAGACAGGGCCAUCAAAGCUUUGGUCAGUAGUAUCCAAAAUGCACUCUCUAAAUCUGGUCUAUCUGAGGCCAUAAAAGCACAACUAAAUUUGGCCUUGGAACUAUUGAUGAAAGCUAUUCUUAGCGAUGAAGUGAGUUUUAAGGAAUCUUGCUACAACAAAGCGUUCAGUAUACUGAUCAUAAUCGUGAGUGGCGGAGAGAAAUCGGACAAAAUUGAAGAAACAACCAUGAGCUAUGCUGAAUGGAAAGCGGGGAUGGAAAGAGAACUAGACGAGAAAUUUGAUAGGCUAAAAAAUAAUGAUGCAGACAGAGACAUCAGUGCUUUGAUGAAGGGUAUCCAAAAAAAUCUGCCCCUUUUAUGUCCGCCCAGGGCAGCAGAACUAAAUUACGCCAUGAACAUAUUAGUAAAAGCUAUUGGUAGUAAUGACUCGGGUAUUAAGAGAGCUUCCUACAACGAGGCGCUCGAUAUAUACACCAGGGUCAUGGCAGGGUGAAGUGCCAGCGUAAACGAGAGUUACAUAUAAUAUAACAUACUAUAACUUAUGAUAUAAACAAUUUAUGUUAUAAGAGAUACCUUAAAUUCUAUGAUAUGUUAUAAAAUCCGAUCCACAUUUUGAAAACAUGGCAGCCAUAUCUCCAGCUUUUGUGCGAUAAAUAUAAAUCUAUUGAGCAACA